ACAGGCCAAAAAGCUCAACGUGAUUUCGGAUCUCUGUGAUCCAGAAGAUGGCGACCGCUCUGGUGUUGACAGCUUCAGCCCCUGCUAAUCAUGGAAAGGAAAAAUGUGAAACGAUCAUUCAAAAGGUUAUGAGUCCUGAAUCAUACAUCAAGCAUCCACUACAAAACAAGUGGGCUCUUUGGUUUUUCAAGAACGACAAAAGCAAAACAUGGCAGGCCAACCUUCGUCUCAUCUCAAAAUUUGACACGGUGGAAGACUUCUGGGCACUAUACAAUCACAUUCAGCUUUCCAGUAACUUGGUCUCUGGCUGUGACUACUCGCUGUUUAAGGAUGGGAUUGAGCCCAUGUGGGAGGAUGGACGCAACCGAAAAGGCGGCCGCUGGCUGAUAACUCUGUCCAAGCAGCAGCGUAGAGCAGACCUGGAUCGCUUCUGGCUGGAGACGCUCUUGUGUCUUGUGGGUGAAGGUUUUGAUGAACACAGUGACGAUGUGUGUGGAGCCGUCAUAAACGUUCGCGCCAAAGGAGAUAAAAUAGCAGUAUGGACCACCGACUACGAGAACAAAGAUGCCAUCACACACAUCGGACAAGUAUACAAAGAGAGAUUAGGAGUCCCUCCAAAAGUGAUCAUCGGGUACCAGUCACAUGCAGACACCGCCACCAAGAGCGGCUCCUCCACCAAGAACAAGUUUGUUGCUUGAGGAACACAAUCCUCAACCAUGUCUUUCUGUUGCCAGUUUGUUUUCUGUAACCAUUUGAAGUGAAGAUUCAUUUGUUUCCUUUUCUUUGUCACUUUACCAAAGCUUGUGUUCACGGUGAGAGUAUGUGCAGAUAAAACGUUUUACUAUUGUCUAAAAAACAUAUUGUUUUUUGUGGUGGUUGGGCUAAAAUGAGUAAAAGAUGUUUUGAUGCCCAGAUUUCAUUUUCAAAAGCAACUGCAUAUUUGUAAAUCAUUUAUUUCAAUUAUCCCUCCUUAGUGCAUGUCAGUUAUUUUCUUUAAGAACUUAACAUUAAAGGCAAACAAAAAAAGCACUGGCACUGUAACUCCAGACAGUCAAUUUACAAUAUGUUUUGACAUCUUUGUGCAUUUGUUAUUCAGUUUGACCAAUUAUUUAAAUGUCCUUAUGUUGCAGAAAAGAGUUCCUAGAUGGUCCUGUUUCCUUUCAGGCAGCUUAUAUGUAAAGAGCUGAAUCAAUGUUGAAGCGCAGGAAAUAUAUUUAACAGGACUAAAUAUUUUGAUACAUAUUGUUGGUUAUGCUCUUCUGUACAUGCUUGAGUUAAAAUUGAACUUAUGUGACCUGAGUUAUGUGUUGUGUUGCUCUACUGAUUACAUGAAGUUUUCAUAGUUUAUUUCCACUCCAGAUAAAAUGUUGUAGGUGGUAUAAGCAAAAAAGUAUUUGUUUGCAGGGACUGAAAUGAGCCUUAAAUGUUACAACCUAAAUGUACAAAGGAGUGAUGUAC